GCACCCCUACGAUGCGCCGCGCGCCAUGCCGCCGUUCGCCCCCGACGAUCCCUAUGCUCGCCUGCCCGGCCCUCCGGGGCCACCGCCGGGCGCGGAUCGCUACAGGCGGCCGUCAGCCUAUGACAUGCUGCCAGGUGGCGGCGGUCCCCCGCCUCCGCCUAUGUACCCGCCGCACUACCCGCCCGGCGACGGGCCUCCCCGCAGGCCACCGCCAGCUGACGGGCCGCUGACCUACAAGCAGUUCAUUGCUGACCUGGAUGAUGACGUGUCACCUGCUGACGCCGAGAAGAGGUAUCUGGACUACAAGACAAAGUUCGUCGCGGCACAGAAAAAGGCCUUCUUUCACGACCACAGGAACGACGAGUGGCUACGAGCGCUCUACGACCCGGCUCGCCUUGAGAGCCUGGUGGACAGCUGGAGAGCAAGCAGUUGCUUGAAAGCCUGCAGCGCGGUGAUGCCGACCUGUCAGUGCCGCAUCCCCUCACUCACUGCCUCAUCACUUCUCUCCUCUCUCCCUCGCACACCUUUUCACGCCCUCUUGCUCUCCCUCUUUCCCUGCUCCUCAUGCCUUUCCUUCUCGUUGCACUCCUCCCUCCCGCCCGCCCUCAAUGCGCCACUUCCUUCUCGCCUCGUUUCUCCCGUCUCAUGCCGUCACCUCACCCCACCCCAUGCCCUGCCUUCCCUCUCCACCCCAUGCCCUGCCUUCCCUCUCCACCCCUCACCUUCUCCAUCCCCGCCUCCAAACCACUCCUCUCCGCCACCCACCAGCGGCCCCUAUGCGGAUCCACGUGACCCGCUAGCAGCCACGGACGCGCGGCGCCGCAGCGCCUCCUUCCGCCCGUCGCUGGCGCACGACGCUGCCACGGCCACCGCCUCUGCGCCACGCAUCCCGGCGGGGGCGGGGCAGGCGGCGCGCGUGGCACACGACCUGGAGAGGGCGCGGGCGCUGGUGGGCAAGCUGGACGCGGAGAAGGGGCUGUGGGGCGCGCAGGGGGGCGCGGAGGGGGGCAACUUCCUGGUGGGGGAGAACCAGGCGGGCGCGGAGGACGAGGUGGUGAAGAUCCGCGUGCCCGCAGGGGAGGGCGGGGGGGAGGCGCGGUGGCUGGCGGGCGUGGCGCUGCUGGACGCGGUACUGACGUACCUGUGGCGCGUGCACGGGGCCGACUACUACGGCGGCACGGAGCUGCGCGGGCUGCCCAAGGGGCUGAGGCACGUGCGCGCGGAUGAGGGCGGGGAGGGCAAGGGGGAGGGCGCAGGGGGAGGGGAAGCUGGGGAGGGGUUCGAAGCUUGGGCGCGGCGGGUGGAUGAGAAGUGGAGGGUGCGCGUGGGGGCGGAGGGCGAGGACCCGGUGGUGGCGCUGGUGGGCAAGGCGCGUGUGGAGGCGCGCAUGGGGGGCGCGAUGGAGGGCAUGGUUCGGAAGAUCAAGGACGACAAGUACGGGUGGAAGUACGGCUGCUCCGCGCCCGGGUGCUCGAAGCUGUUCCACGGGCCUGAGUUCGUGAUCAAGCACCUCAAGCUCAAGCACCCCGAGCAGGUGGCGGAGCAGACGAACCGAGUCAAGGAGGAGGUGUAUGAGGAGAACUACAUGCGCGACCCCAACGCCCCUGUCAGGGGAAGGGAGGACAGGGAGAGAGACAGAGAGAGGGAGAGGGAGCGGGAGAGGGGAGGGCACGGGCACUCGCCGGUGCCCAUGUCGGCCCGUCUGGGUGCGCGACUGCCCCCCCCGCCCGACCCCUUUGCUUUCCCCCCCGACCGCUUCGACCGCCCCCCGCCCUUUGACCGCCCUGCUGGCGGCCCCCCUCCCCCCAUGGGCGCUCUCCCCCCUGACGCUGGGGAGCCCUUUCCAGGGGAGCGGGGCGGGCGGUACGAGGGGGAUGUGUUUGACCGUCGCGGGGGCAGGGGGCGGGGGGGCGAGGGGGAGAGGUAUGAGAGGAGGGGGCGGGAGGAGGGGCCGGAGGGGAUGGAGAGGUUUGAAGGGGGCGGGGGAGGGGAGUUCAUGGGGCCGGGGGGAGGCGGGGGGAUGUUUGAGGAGAGGGGGCCGCCCAUGGACGGACCCCCCCCGCCCAUGCUCAUGGCCGGCCCGGGCGGGCCUCUGGACGGGCCGCCCGUGUUUGACGUCUUUGACGGCCCGCCGCCCCCGCUGCCGCCCUUUGGGCCGCCCAUGCCGCCGCACAUGGGACAAGUCCCGCCGGGCGGCCCAGGAGGGCCGUUUGGUGGGCCGCUGCCACCCGUGCUCAUCCCCGUGCCCGGUGCUGGCCCCCUAGGCCCGUUCCUGCCGGCCCCGCCAGACCUGGCGGCGCGCAUACUGAGGGACCCCUCCUUCCGCCCACCGCCGUCACUCUUUGAUGGCUUCGACGGCCCACCGCCCCUGCCGCUCUUCGACGGGCCGCCCCUGGACCUGCCCCCUGAUGCGCCCCUCCCCCCCACCUCUGCGCCCGGCCCUGCUCCUGGCGGCGAGGAGGGGCGCUCCCCACCUCCCUCGUCAGGGGGCGGGGGAGGGGCACGCGGGGAGGCAGCACGGGGGAGAGCAGGGGCAGGAGGGAGGGACGGGGGAGGGGGGAGGGCAAGAGGGGGACGGGAGGGCCCGUAUGGCAGUCCGGGGAGGUUUGGGGGGAUGGGCAUGGGGAUGCGAGGCAUGGGCAUGGGCAUGGGCGGGAUGGGGAUGGGCAUGGGCAUGGGGCCGAUGGGAAUGAUGCCCAUGAUGGGCGGGCCGCCUCAUGACCCCCGCGGCAUGCGCAGCUAUCGCGACUUGGAUGCACCGGAUGACGAGGUCACUGUCAUCGAUUACCGCAGCCUCUGA